GGCUUUAAUAUGCGCAACUUGCUAUCUGGUUUAUAUAAUUUAAAAUAAGAGGUUGAAGAAACCAAUGAAUUUGCAGGCAGCUUUCACCAAUUGCAAUGGCGAGUUCAUCGUUUAAAUCCAUUAGUAAUCAUAAAUGGGCAUACGAUGUCUUUGUGAAUUUUGGAGGUGACAAUAACGUUAAAAGCUUUGUGGAUCAUCUUUUUAGCGAUUUCAAACGCAAAGGAAUUCGUGCUUUUAGAGACGACGAGAAACUGCACAUAGGAGAAGAUAGAUCUCAACAAGUCUAUAGAGCCAUUGAACAAUCAAGGUUUUUGGUGGUUAUAUUCUCUAAAAACUUUGCUUCCUCACCAUGGCGUUUGAGAGAGCUAGUAAAAAUCUUUGAGUGUAAGGAGAAGGAGAAUGACAAAUAUCAAAUCCACACGAUCUUUUACAAGGUCAAGCCAGAAAUGGUGCUUAAUCAAAUUGAUAGCUGUAAAGCAACCUUCAGUAAACAUGAAACCAUAGAGAAAAAUGAGGUGUCCCUAUGGAAGGGAGCUUUGACCAUGGCUGCAAACUUACCCGGAUGGGAUCUGGAAGAUCUAGCCCAUGGCUACGAGUCGAAGUUUAUUGAUAUGAUCUCAAAGCAUAUCUUCAAUGAGUUAAAUGAUGGACCCUUACAUGUUGGUGUGAAUCUAGUUGGAGUACAUUUCCGUGCAGAGCAAAUGAACUUAUUGCACUUUGCUGAGGCAAGUGAGGUUCACAUGAUUGGAAUAUGUGGUGUCUGGGGUAUAGGAAAGACUUCAAUUGCCAAAGCUGUUUACAAUCGAUUGUAUGUCCAUUUUGAAGGCUGCAGCUUCUGUGAAGACAUCAAAGGGUUCGUGAAAAUGCAUGGUGGCAUGAUUCAACUUCAAAGGCAAAUUAUUGAAGACAUCACAAAAGCGGAUAUGAAAAUACGGAGUGUUGGUGAAGGAAGUAGUGUAAUGAAACGAAUCAUGGCAUCAAAACAGGUUCUGGUGAUUCUUGAUGAAAUUGAUCAACUGGACCAGUUAGAAGCUCUUGCUGGUGCUCAUUGUUGGUUUGGUCCAGGGAGUUUAAUUGUAAUAACUGGAGAAGAUAGACAGUUACUACUUGGUCAUGGAGUGGAAAAGAUAUAUGAUGUUGAACUUUUAAAUGAUGAUGAAGCGAUGGAACUUCUUAGUCUGUAUGCCUUUAAACAAAAACAUCCUAAAGAGGACUUCACAUGGCUCUCUAAACAAGUAGUUCAAUAUGUCAAGGGCCACCCAUUAGCUCUUAAAGUUUUGGGUUGCUUUCUGUUUGGCAAGACUGUACAUGAAUGGGAAAGCGAGUUAGAUAGACUUCAUAGACAUCAUAUUGAUGACAUGCAAGGGCUGAUAUCUCGUUAUUCUUCAAAGAAGAAACAAAAGGUCGUGUAGUUGAAAUACUAGUGGAUGCUUCUUAGAGUGUCGUUUGUGGAGGAGUUUUUUGAUGUAUUGAAUAAAGUUAAGGUACAACAAGACUCUUCU